UGACUGCAACUUCAGAUUCGACAACAUUGUAGAGACGCGCCCUUACUCUCCACCCAACCUUUUAAACUCCAUGAGACUAGCUAAUGACAAUAAUAGAACGAUGUCGUCACACAUUUAUGAGUCAAAGAGGGAUGCAUUCUCCACCCUUUCCUUUUCUUUUCUCUCUCUUGCUUGCCAGAAUUUAGAGGUCUUUGCAACUGCACUUGCGGGGUCAGAAUCGGAAUUAACAUAAGCGCAUUCAAUUUGAGACUGGGAACGAGAAUAUUGUGCUAAUGAACGAAACAAUGAGUGAAGGCGGGUGGGUGAUAAAUAUUUUAUAUUUUUAUAUAAAAAACUAGAUAAAUGAAGAAAAGAAUAUGUGCAAUUGAACAAGCGCAUGCGGGGGGAUGAGGGCUGAUUUUUUAGCAGGGAUCCAUAAUUGACGAGCAUUGUGCACCAACGCUAAAGUUCCCCUGCUUCGCCGUUUACGAAACAUUUUCGGCGUUUCAUUUGACCAUCUUCGCUCUAAUCUAAUCCCAUGUCAGGCAUCUGGCACACCAACUAGGCAGGUUUCGUCGUCUACGGCUGUCAUAUUCCCCAUCUUCCCUCUCACGACCUACAGCCUCUACUUUCAACAACCUACAUACUCCAUACAACCACAACAACAAAACAAUCUACUCCUGCUUCUUCUUCGUUUUCCCCUUUCUUCACUCCUUUGUAUUUUGACUGUCUCCGCUGGCUCUUUUUUCACCAACGGAUCCGAUACCGCUUACUUCCUUCUCUAUAACGCCACUCUCUCUCCAUAUACUUUUGUUUCACUUUCUCACUCUUCGCUCCUUCUUUUCUGUUUUUCAGUGGGCUCCCUGCUCACUGUCUUCAUUCUUCUCUACUUCUUUCGUCGCUAGCCUCGCAACUCACGCGGUGAUUUGUUAUCCUUGUUACUCACUACUUCUGGGUUAUUGAGCACGAGCUUAAACGGGUUAGAUGGAGAGGAAGCAGGGGUUUUUUUCGGCGCUUAAAGAAGAGGUGGUCAGAGGGUUGUCUCCCGGAAGGUCGAGGGCCAAGAGUCCGGCAAGGUCUGCCUCUCCGAUGUCGAGUUUACUCCGGCGCAGGAAGAAGCACCAUGCCCCGCCUCCCGAGCUGUUCAUUGCGAGAUCGGGUAGCUUGAGGCCGGCUGAAGCAUUGUCGCCGUUGAAGGAGGGUCCUGAUGGCACCGAUGCUGAAGAUUCCAGAGGCGAAGGUCGGUGGGGACACUGGAUGAAGGGCCCACUCGCCAGGACACCUUCCGUUUCAUCCUCCUCUGCCUGUAAGAGGUCCGAUCUAAGAUUGUUGCUUGGCGUCCUGGGUGCCCCACUCGCCCCCGUUCACGUUUCCACCGCCGAUCCUUUUCCUCAUCUCAGCAUCAAAGACAUUCCCAUUGAAACUUCUUCUGCCCAGUACAUAUUGCAGCAGUACACAGCUGCUUCUGGAGGGCAAAAGCUUCAAGAUUCCAUCACCAAUGCUUAUGCCAUGGGAAAGGUGAGAAUGAUAGCCUGGGAGUUCGAGACAGCUAACAAAGUUAUGAAGAGUCGGAAUUCCUCCAAAGCUGCAGAAUCAGGCGGGUUUGUCUUGUGGCAGAUGAAUCCAGAUAUGUGGUAUGUGGAACUUGCUCUUGGUGGCAGCAAGGUUCAUGCUGGUUGCAAUGGCAAACUCGUGUGGCGUCACACACCAUGGUUGGGUGCCCAUGCUGCAAAGGGACCAGUUAGGCCUCUACGACGGGCUCUUCAGGGUCUUGACCCAAAAACAACUGCAAGCAUGUUUAUCAAUGCGAGAUGCAUUGGGGAGAAGAAAAUUAAUGGAGAAGACUGUUUCAUCCUCAAACUCUGUGCAGAUCCCUCAACUUUGAAAGCCAGGAGUGAAGGCCCAGCUGAAAUCAUAAGGCAUGUUUUAUUUGGGUAUUUCAGUCAGAAAACAGGACGUCUUAUUCACUUGGAGGACUCACACUUGACACGUAUUCAAAACAAUGGAGGGGACGCAGUGUAUUGGGAAACCACGAUAAAUUCUUUUCUCGAUGACUACAGGCCUGUUGAGGGGAUUAUGAUUGCUCAUUCAGGUCGUUCUGUAGUAACACUUUUCAGGUUUGGGGAAACAGCAAUGAGCCACACAAAAACCAGGAUGGAAGAAGCAUGGACAAUCGAGGAAGUGGCAUUCAAUGUGCCCGGCCUUUCAAUGGACUGUUUCAUUCCUCCAGCUGAGCUAAGGUUUGCAUCUAUGAGUGAAGCUUGUGAGCUGCCUCAAGGUCAAAGGGUGAGAGCUGCUGUUGCAGCUGCCGCAUACAAUGCCAAAGUUGCACAACUACACAGAUCUCAUGAAAGCAAUGUCCGUAACAUUAACUGGACAGUGGAUGUUUAGAAAAGCAGAAGUCUCUACUCUCACAGUGAACAGGUCUGGGUUAGGUUAGGUUCUAGUCUUGACACUUUUGAAGCUGGGCUGACAAGUUUCUGGAGGCAAAUGAUCAAAUAGCAGUGUGGUUAUCAAGGGAGUUCUCUGUUGAAGAUCGUUACCUCGUCAAAUUUGUAUAUAGAAAUGAUCAGUGACGGUUCCCAAAAAAAGGAAUCUUGAUACUCUGGGUUUUUGGUGGACAAUUAAGCAGCACAAGGCUUGUGUUUCCACUUGUGUACCGUAGGUGUGAAAUUGGGAAUCUGCUGAUCAUUUAUUAGCUACGGUUCCUACAUAUCUUUCUGUGAAGGCAUUCACUCGUGAUGCUGGAGAUCAAUUCCGGUUGUUAUAACCUCGUCAUCGCUGACAAUUUUUGACUAGGUUUCAAUGCGCUAAUAUGUAAGUUAUAAAUGGUGGUGAUACUUGCAAGGGAAUUUGCUGCCAUCUUUCACGGAUAUUGGCAUUGCCAUAGCAAAGUAGAAUUUGUCUUGCAAGUUGCAAUACUUUUGCUUUUCAAAGGACGUAUAUAAUUGCAGUCUGCUCGACGGUUGUAACAUCUGCGUUGGUAGAACUAUGUUUCUGAUUAGGAAAAGAGUAGCAUAUGCAUCGUUCAAAAUUUCUUGGUAUAGUUAUGUUCUCUUCUCUUCU